GUGGCGCCGCCCGCGCUCGCGCCCCACUCUCUUGCGCGCCCCUCUCCGCGCACUUCUCCUCUCCGAGCCCCGCGCCGAGAUGCUGCGCUGCGGCCUGGCCUGCGAGCGCUGCAGGUGGAUCCUGCCCCUGCUCCUGCUCAGCGCCAUCGCCUUCGACAUCAUCGCGCUGGCCGGCCGCGGCUGGCUGCAGUCGAGCAACCACCAGGAGACGUCCUCGCUGUGGUGGCGAUGCUUCCAGGAGGGCGGCGGCAGCGGGUCCGCCGAGGAGGGCUGCUUUAGCCUCAUGGAAUACGCGUGGGGCAGGGCAGCCGCCGCCAUGCUCUUCUGUGGCUUCAUCAUCUUGGUGAUCUGCUUCAUCCUCUCCUUCUUUGCCCUCUGCGGACCGCAGAUGCUGGUCUUCCUGAGAGUCAUUGGAGGCCUCCUGGCCCUGGCAGCGGUGUUCCAGAUCAUCUCCCUGGUCAUUUACCCCGUGAAGUACACCCAGACCUUCGACCUUCAUGCCAAAGCCAGUGUCACCUACGUCUACAACUGGGCCUAUGGCUUUGGGUGGGCGGCCACCAUCAUCAUGAUCGGCUGUGCCUUCUUCUUCUGCUGCCUCCCCAACUACGAGGACGACCUCCUGGGCAACGCCAAGCCUCGGUACUUCUACACGUCCGCCUAAGGAGGGGAAGGAGGAGGGAGUCGCUGCUGCUCGGGGGACCUGGGGGAAGAAACAGUUUCCCCCAGAAUACCUGCAACCUAUUAAACUAGUCAAAAUGCUAACAUAAUUUGGGAGAAAAUAUUUCUUAAAUGGUGUUAUAGUUUCAUAGUCAUCUUUUAUAUGUUUGUAGAGUUAAACAAGACUUACUUCUUUGAACUAAUUACUAUAAUAUGCCAAUAUUUCCUUAUGUCUAUCCAUGCCAUUUAUACCACAUUUGUAAAAGAAUGUGAAUGUGAAACUUACCACUUUAUAAGGUAAAAAUGAGAAGGCUUCAAAGAUUUAAGUAAUCUGAUCAAGUUUCUGUUUUUCCCAGAUAGAAUGGACUGGGUUUGUUAAGGGCUAAGGAGAAGAGGCAGAUAUUGGUAAAACUGUCAAUGACCAAAUAUUCUAAGAGAAAUGCAAAAAAUAAAUAUUUUUUUAAGCGUUCAGCUAUUUAAAGAAGCAAAAUAGUUUCCUAAAUGCAUAUCGUUUGUGAGAAUUUCUAAUUAAUAUCCUAAAUAAUGGAUUUUUUGCCAAGCUUCACGUUAACCUGA